AUGGCGCUCCUGUUCGUACCCUCAGGACCCCACUGUCUGCGUCGGUUCACUCGCGAAUCCCUGGCUGCCAUCGAGAGGCGGAUCGCCGAGGAGCAGGCGGUCAGCAACAGGAAAGACCACAAAGAGGAGAGUGAGGAGGAAAAGCCCACUCCCAACAGCGACUUGGAAGCGGGAAAGCAACUGCCAAUCAUCUACGGAGACGUCCCACCAAAGCUCAUUGGUCAGCCUCUGGAGGACCUGGACUCCUUCUACAGCGACAAGAAGGUAGGCAAGCAAAGCCAAGAGAAGACACUGCAGUGUCAGAACAGCAGGGACAGAGCCAGAGGGGACUGUCGACGGAUGCCAGCUCUGAGCCAGGCGAUUGACAACGGCAGCAACACCACACACUGGGGGACCCAUGACUGGGAAUAUCACUCAGAUCACACUCCCCGCCCCCGGGGCACUGCACUAUUAAAGAUGGCUCGAGACAGUGGCUACACUUGUGGGCAGCUCUGA